UCCAAUCACGUGCCACCUAAUAGGAAGUAGGCAGUCAGUUGUUAAAGAUUGUGGGUCAUGGAUAUAGAUAGCUAGUGAGGCUAAACUUUAAUCUUUUAUUCAUAUAUCAGCCGAAAUAACAGAGAUUUCCACACUGUGACUGCAGGAUGAUUGACGACUUCGAGAAUCAGGAGGUCCGGUCCAGCGGGGAGCUGUGGUCCGAAAUCUGCUCCAGUCUUCCGGAGGUGCAAGCCGAGGCAUCGCCAGAGACAAACACGGAGUUUAAAGACUCUUUCCACCCUGCAACACAAGUCGGGGUGCGGGUCAAUGGACAAGCAAAUGGGACAGACCUCACUACCCCCGGUGCAAAAUGGGAACCGAUGGAGGACUCUGAGAUUUACAUAGCCACUUUAGAGAACCGCCUGAAGAAGAUAAAGGGCCAGUCCAGUGACGUGACGUCCAGGGACAUGCUGCGCUCCUUGUCUCAAGCUAAGAAAGAAUGCUGGGAUAGGUUCUUGCACGAUGCUCAGACUUCAGAGCUCUUCCAAGGUGGCGACAUGGAUGAGAGUGCUCUUGAGUACUUCAAGAGGUGGUUGAUCCCUGAAAAAGUGGCCAUCAGCGCAGAGGAGCUGGAGUAUCUGCUGAGGCCGUCUCAGAAUAAGGAACCGGCAGCGUUGAGUCAGACACAAAGCGGAGAGGACACAGAGGGAGAGACACACAAGCACGAGGAUGAUGACACUCACAACCCAGAAAAAUGAGUGUGUUAAAAUAGAAACCCUGAAAGAAGAACUAAUUUGUCUUUUAUUCAAAUGGGUGACUUGUUACACCGACUCUCAUUUGCAGCAGUGUUAUGUCAUUGCAGUGUUUCGACCAAAGCUUUUGUUCACAGCGGUCUAAAAAGCAAUUAGUCUGUCAUCAUCCACUGUAUCCCCAGCAACUGAGUGUUAAGUACUUAUUCAAUCACGUUUGUUUUCUCCGCCCUAUUUAUGCCUUUAAAAUACACAAUAAAGCAUUUGAAAUUAGACAUGUUUGUCCUGUAGUAGCAAAAUUACCAUCUAGUUUGUGUCUUCUGGCUCUCUACUUAAAUAUGCAGAUGUUAAUGAAGGACCACAUACAGUGUCACAUUAUAAAUCAGAGCCACAAAGACGUCAGCAGGGCAUUAUCCAGUAGAGGCAUAAUUUCUCUGUUUUUUUUAAUGAAUCGUGACUUCCAUAUUAGAAAUCCAUGUGAAGAAUGUGAUCAUAUUCCAGAUAAUAUUGUAACAUACUGUGUAACAUUUUUAUUGCCGUCAUGUUCCUUUUACAUAUAAAUAAAGUUUUACCCGCGUUUAAAUACAGAUC